AUGGGGUGCGGCCAGUCGAAGGUGCCUCGCGGCGAGGGCGCUUCGGCGGCCGUCGCACACUGCCGCGACCGCUCCGAGCUGCUGGCCGCGGCCAUCGCCAGCCGCUACGCGCUCGCGGACGCCAACCGCGCGUACGCGGGCUCGCUCAGCGCCACCGGCGCCGCGCUGCACGACUUCCUCCGGGCCGUCCUGGACGCCACCCCGCCGCCUCCCGGGCCCGGUGCCGGCGACGCGCCGCGGGAGGGGGACGAUGACGACGCGGCCCCUCACGCCGCGACGGCGUCGCCUGACGCCUCAGAGGACGACGACGACGGCGGCGGCGGCGGCCACAUAUGUUUCCCCUCGCCCUCGGAUGAAGCCUCCGACGAUGAUGGCGGCGGGGAUACCAUGUCCACGUCCGAUGAUGAGGCCGAGCCGCCUCUCCCCAGGCCCGACGCCCUCCAGCCGGUGGCGCCGGCGCCACGGCCAUCCCGAGCUCCGCCCCAGCCGCUGCAGUUGGUCCCACAGUACGAUCCUGGCUAUCCCCCACAGUUCGGUUCUCUCUACCCCCCGCCGUACAGCUAUGGCCCCGUCCCCGGCCCCGCGUUUGGAUACGGUGGGGGCUACGGCGCCGACGUCAUGGGCGGCUACGGGCAGAGUUCCUAUACGUACAACAUCAGCUACACCCAGAGGCAGCCACCGCCGCUGUCAUCAACAUCCUUCGAGCAGCCGCCCCAAGCCACAGAUGCCACCGUCAGUUACUACACCUACCAGUACCAUGGCGAGGCCGUCCCGAGCUCUCACUACGGCGGAUCAUACUACUACCCCUACCCAUACCCGCAAGGCGGUGGCUUGCCUCCGGUGCCAGCAGCCUCCUCUGGCCACUUGGCCGCGCCACUGCCAUCGCCGUCGCCGCCGCGGGUGCCGAGCUGGGGCUUCCUGGAUCCUUUCGAGGCACUCGAGAGCUACUACCAGGAGCACCCGGUUCCCCCGGCGGCCCGUGCUGCGUCUAGCCGGAGCUUGGGUGACGUCGGGGAGGAGGAUGAGGGCAUUCCCGACCUAGAGGACGAGGAGUCGGGAGUGGUCGUCAGGGACGCUCACGCCGGGGAUGAGUGCACCCGCGUGAACGCGAAGUUUGAGGAGGUGCACAGGAAGUCCGAGUCGUCGGAUGGCAGUGGAAGCAGCGAGGAGGAGACAGAGGGGCACGUCGAGUUCAGAAGCAGCACGAUGGAUGGAGUAGAGGAGAGUGUGGUGGUGGAGGUGGAAGAACAGCUGAAUGAUGAUUCAGGCGUCGCUGAUGAGCCUCCUGCUGUGCCUGAGAUUAAGACCUACACCAGCGACGUCGAGGUGGCGCAGGAGAUCAAGUUGCAGUUUGACACCGCCUCCAAGUCAGCUGGUGACGUUAGCAAGAUGCUUGAGGUUGACAAGGUGCCUUACUACAAGAAGAAGAACUCGGGACUAAAAGUGCCCUCAAUGGUGAUUUGCGGACAGCCUUCCAAGGCCAAGGCGAUCAUGCAGUAUGAGGAGGAAAAGGCUAUGGAAUCUGGCAACCUUUCAUCUUCACUGCAGAAGCUGUACAUAUGGGAAAACAAGCUUCUUAAGGAAGUCAAGGCUAUGGAGAAGAUAAGGGGGCUUUAUGACCAGAAGCGUAAAGAGCAGAAAAGAUUGUACUAUAGCGGUGCUGAAUCUCAUAAGCUUGAGGCAAUGGAGAUUUGUGUCAAGAAGCUGUCCACAAAGCUGACCAUUGCCAUCCAGAUAGUAAACAGUAUAUCAAAAAAUAUCAACAAGCUUAGAGAUGAAGAGCUAUGGCCUCAAACACAUGAGAUAAUCAAAGGGUUUAUGCAAAUGUGGCACACCAUGUCAGAGUGCCAUGAGAUGCAGUGCCAUGUUCUAUCCCAUGCUAAGAAUAUAGACUCUACUAUGGCAGCUGCAAGAAUCAAUGAAGAUCAUACAGAUUUAAUCAAGUAUCUGGAGGUUCAGUUGCUGGGCAUGACUGCCAAUUUUACCGGAUGGUUCGAUGCCCAGAAGAGCUACGCCAUCCUUUUGAAUGAAUGGCUUAAGAAGGGGAUUGAGUAUGAGCCAGAAGUAACUGAUGACGGGGUUCCUCCCUUUUCACCCGGACGGUUAGGAGCACCCCCUAUUUUCACCGUAUACAAUAACUGGGCAACCAGCAUGGCGAGGAUAUCCGAGGCUGAAGUGGUAGGCGCAGUGCAGGCUUUGGCCUCCAAUGUUCUGGGCCUCUGGGAGAAGAAGAUAGCAGGCGUAUCUUCAUCUGCACAGGCUGCUGAAGCUGGCCUGCAAUCGUGCAUGGCUAGAGUUUUUGAAGCAAUGGAGAGCUUCGCUGCUGCCUGUGAGAACACCUACAAGGAUAUUUGCCUUCGCGCUGAAGAAGAGAAUGGCAGACCUCCAGUUGCAGACAUCGCUGGUACAAGGCAACUAGGCUGAAAGCAUAUAUAGGCAGGGAAUGCACAUAUAGCGGUGAAGUAUGUGCAGGUUUAUUAGAGGCUAGAGCUCGAGGUAUCUUGGGGCUAGGGCUGUAGGUUGAGACAAAACCAGGUCCUGACGCUGCUGCAAACUUGUAGAUUGUCGGGUCAUCUCCAAAGCAUCUGCCUGCUUUUUUGUC